UGGUUGAAAAUCGAAAACUGGGACAAAAAAAGAUGAAGAGGGUGUGUGUAACAGGAGCAGGAGGUUAUAUUGCUUCAUGGGUUGUGAAGCUUUUGCUUUCCAAAGGUUACAUGGUCCAUGGAACUGUUAGGGACCCAUGUGAUGAGAAAAAGAAUGGUCAUCUGAAGAAGUUGGAGGAUGCUGAAGAGAGGUUGCAACUCUUUAAGGCAGACUUGUUAGACUAUGAAGAUCUGUGUGCUGCCUUUGCUGGCUGCAAUGGGGUUCUUCAUAUUGCCUCUCCUGUUCCUGGUAGACAUGUACCUAAUCCCCAGGUAGAACUGCUAGAUCCUGCUAUAUUAGGAACACAAAACGUAUUAAAUGCAUGUUUGAAGACUAAAGUGGAGAAGGUCGUGGUCGUGUCUUCAGGAUCUGCGGUCUUACUGAAUCCAGAGUGGCCCGCAAACCAGGAAAUGGAUGAAAGCUGCUGGACAGAUAUAGAAUAUGCCAAAUCAAUCGAACAAUGGUAUGCUGUAUCCAAGACAAUAGCCGAGAUUGAAGCUCUGGAAUAUGCAAAACGAGAUGACCUCACUGUCAUUACAGUUUGUCCAGCCCUAGUCAUUGGACCGAUGUUGCAGUCCACAAUCAAUUCUACUAGCUUACUUCUUUUGAGCUACAUGAAAGAGGAAGGUAGAACUGAAGCGAUCAGAACAGACAACAGUGAGCGUCCACUUGUGGAUGUUCGUGACUUAUCUGAGGCAAUUUUACUGGUGUUCGAAAAUCCUGAAUCCAAGGGGAGAUAUAUAUGCUCUGCAUGCUCGUAUAGGACAAGGGAAUUUGUAGCAAAAAUGAAGAGCAUGUUUCCUGGCUACAAUUAUCCCCAAAUAUUUACCGAGAAAAGCGGUCGUGCGCUACUGAACUCAAAGAAAUUGUUGGAUUUGGGAUGGAAUUAUAGGCCAUUGGAAGAGAGUAUAGUUGACACUGUCAAGAAUUUUGAAGAAGCUGGUUUAUUGGAGAAAGGGAAGCCAUUUCCAUCGACACUCAGGUUCUAAGUUAUCUUCUUUUUAAAUCAAACUCCAGUAGUUAUCCCCUUUCUUCAAAUCAAAAUCCUUCCCUCCAUAAGGCGGUUGCGAAGUCCUAGGGGCAACGCCCCUAGCGGGGUCCAAGAGGCAGCUGAGCUUCUGAGCUGCCUUCUAACUCCGAGCUUCUGAGCUGCCUCUGAUCCGUUUAAUCCUUAUCCAUAAGUGGUUGUUUCCGAUGUGCAGUUAUAUGCUAACUGUCCAUAACCCCAUUGAUUUCUCAUAUAAAUGUGUAAAUUGUUGAAUCCGGGUGUAUAUAUAUAUAACUCGAUUGAUUUA